AUGUGGCACACCUAUGUGUUGCCGCUCAGCCAUGAAUUCGAAUCUAUUAAAUCGGCAAUUGGCGCCUUGGGCGGAGCUCACAAAGCCUUCAAACUCCAGACGCAGACCGACUCUUUGACACAGUCUCUUGCACAGUCUUACGAGCUGGCAUCAGUCAAGCAGUACAACAACGCUAUUCAGAUCAUGAAGCAGUACAUGGAGUCGCCAGAAAGGAACCUCCAGGUGGUUUUGACAUGUUGUCUAAUAUUCAUCUGCAUCGAGAGCUUGUAUGGUCGGUACAUGAAUGUGACUAGGCAUCUCGAGGCUGCAUUUUCUUUGUUGAAUCAUGAUCAUAUUUCCAACUAUGGCGCCGCGACCGGAACUCUGAGCGCUCAAAAAGAUUUAGCAAAGUUCAUGGAAAACAUUGGCCCCUCGCUUUGUGGCCUUACAUCCGACCUCUUCUUCUUCAUGGGAGAGAGUCAAUCGUCAAAGCUUGUUUCCGAGCUACAGAAAUGGCUUCACCGACAAGACCCAAUCUACCUGAAGGAACCGGGGGCACCAUUCUUCUCUGUCCAGGCCGCGGCAUCGUGGCGAACACAAAUGGAAACAAUGAACGAAGUGGCCAUGUAUACUGAGUGUCCCUUAUGCUCGAGUAUGGGCUAUCCAUGUGGCAAGGAUGCCACGGUUUGUAGCCGUUUCGAGCAUGGGUUAGACACCGCGUCAUUCUUAAGAUACUGGAGCGCACGUUACAGUGCUUUGAACCUCACCUUUGACCCCUCGAAAGCUUCAGCGUCGGACUUGUCCCGUUUCAAGGUGCUUGAGCUGGAAGAGACAACUUGGCGAGCCAGGUUCAAGCUGAACUCAAUAAAGGGUGAUCUUGAAGCACCAGACUGUAUGGACAUUUUGAAGAAGGCCGAGUCAAUCAUUGAGCUUUCAAAGGGCGAAACAGGUCACAUUUUCAACUUCCAGGCGAAUCUGAUACCACCUAUUGCCUACGUUAUUAUAUCUUGCCAAGACGAGAAAAUACAGUGGGAAGGCGUACGGCUUCUUCGAUCCCUUGGCAGGCGAGAGGGAGUUUGGGAUAGUAAGAAGGUGGCGGAAAUCUACGCAGACAUGAUAACUGCCAAGGCGAACAAGUUGCUGUCUUGGGAUGAUAUCCCUCCUGACGUCCCUCAACUGACUGAACUUCUCAGUUCGCUUAAGCUGGUAACAUUGCCAGAAAGUCAACAAUAG